AUGCUUCAUAAUCUUUCUUUAUCAUCGAAUGCAUCAAUGAUUCGUUACGCGUUAGCAUAUAAGAACUUCAAUCCUAACGAAACAUAUCCAGAAGAAGAAAAUGUGGAAUCAAGUUUUGAAUUAACAAAAAAGUAUUGGAAAUAUAAAAUUGAAUCAUAUAAGAAACAAGAUGAAAAAGCAGAAAGGGAUACUAAAAACAAUGUUUCAAUGGAUGACUAUCAAUACUAUCACGAUUUAAUCCUUUCAUCUAAAUGCAAAAUGUGUGGUAAAGCGUUUACAUAUGCAAAUAAACCAACAUUGGAUAGAAUAGAUAAUGAAAAACCACAUACCAAAGAAAAUUGUCAGUUAAUGUGUUGUUAUUGCAAUGUCGUAAAAUCAAAUAAAGAUGAAGAUGUUCAACGUUUAAGAAUCAAUUUAAGAAAUUAUGCAUUAAAAAAUAAUUUACCAAUGACUUUAGAUUCAGUUGAAGCUUAUCACAUUCUCCGUAAUGGAAUUACUGGUGGUCUAUCAAAUGUUCAACAUCGUGUUAAUCUUAAAGGAAUCACGCACAUUAAUAAACUUUCAUAUAAUCCAGAAACUAAAACU